AAAAGACAUGUCCCACAGGAUGGAAAAUGUUCAGUUGUUCCUGUUACCUUGUCUCUUUUUGUCUGGUACCUGGGAUAAAGGCAGAGAGGACUGUAAAGACAAAGGUGCCGAUCUAGUGGUGAUAGACACCACUGAAGAACAGAAAUUUGUCUCUGGACUCAUUACCAGUGAUACUUGGAUUGGUUUAAGCGAUAGGAAUCAGGAAGGACUCUGGCAAUGGGUGGACAACUCUCCUUUAAGUGUGACGUUCUGGGGUAGAAAUCAACCUGAUAGUGCUGGAGACCCGAAGAGGCAUGACGAGGACUGUGCACAAUUUUUUGAUUCUCCAACUGUUUGGAACGAUAUUUCAUGUACCACCUCUUUUAAGUGG